CUCACAGGGAGCGACGACAGAGACGCUCAGUUGAAUCCGCAUGGAGGCGAGUGAGAGCGGCCUGCCGGCGGAAUGGGAAGAGCAGUGGAGGAGGGAAAAGGAAAGGAGGAAGCAAGUCCUAGGAGAAGGAAAGGAGGGCGUCGAGCAGGACAAGCGCGAGCUCAGAAGAAUCGUGGCAUUCAACGACUCAAGAUCGGGGCUGACGAGCGAGAGGGCGGAACCAGGCGGGUCCGAGCCGAGGGAAGACGAAGGGCCCGGGCGUAACGUACGUCCGUAUCUGAGCCAAAGCUUUCCUCGAGAGACGUUCGAGGUCCUGAGGGAGUUGCUGGAAUCGGGUCUCCUCACGGACCUGACGGUGACCACAGAGGACGGGCGCAGCGUCCGCGUUCACUCUUGCGUCCUCGCUGCCGUCAGCUCUUUCGCGGAGAUGAGGUUGAGGGAAGAAGCUCCGAGACGCGAUCGGGGCGAGGUCGCGCCCCGCCGGUGGUCUCUGUUUCUGGGCCCAGAUGUGGAUCAUUGCGGGCUGCGGGCAGUCGUGGAGUUCGCCUACACCGGGGAGCUUCUCACGGGCGCCGCACUACCCCAAAUCGAGACGGCGGCUCGUGCGCUCGGAGUUCCGAGACUGUCGGACCUCCGCGACCAAACGGCGAGUCCGAAAACGGAACGAGCGGUCUCCGCUUUCGAGGAGAUGAGACGUACCCUUCGGUCUGUAGAGCAGCUGCGGGCAGACGGCGUAGGCUGCGAUGUCAUUUUGGAUGUGAGCGGAGCGUCGUUCCACGUCCACAGGGUGAUCCUGGCGGCGAGCAGCGACUACUUCAGAGGCAUGUUCACCAGCGGGAUGAGGGAAUCCCGUCAAGCCCGCGUUGCCCUUCCUUUAACGGUAGCUCCAGAGAUGGCCGCUUUGAUUUGCUGCUGCUACUGCGGGACCCUUCCCGUCAACUGGGACACCGUCUUCGAGAUCGCCCGCACGGCACUCCGGUUUCAGUUCCGGUCGGCCAUCUCUCUCUGCCUCCUCUUCAUGAAACGGGAAAUGGGCGCGAGUUCCUGCCUGGACGUGGCUUCUUUCGCAGAAGCCUACGGGAUGUCGGAGCUCCUCGAGGAAGCCAACGACUACGUGCUGAGAAACUUCUCGGAGGUGUCCGCAACGGAAAAGUUUCUGGACCUCCAAACCGAUAAGCUUCUGGAAUUUCUCCGCAGCGACGGUCUGAGCGUGCCGUCUGAGCUGGUCGCGUUCAGAGCCUCGGUGUCCUGGCUGGAGGCCGAUCCCGAGGAGAGACUGAGACUCGCCGGCAAACUGAUGACAGGCGUUCGAUUCCAACUCAUGACCUUUCGAGAGUUCAGGGAGGUCAGGGCAGUUAACCUGCGCAUGGAGAUGCGCGAAGACGUGCGACUUCAAGGCGCUGCUUUCAAAGAGUUUGGCUCCAGCCCCUCUGUGCAAGAUCAGCGUCGGGCGAGGUACCCCAAAGACUCCCUGGUUGUCGUCGGGGGGGACCGACAGGACCCAGACGGGGGUCGGCGCGUACCGAGCGGGGAAAUCCAGUUCAUAAACUCCCUGCGCUCCGGCACAGGCCUGGUGAAGGACAUCGAGUGGAGGAGGCUGUCCCAGAUUCCAGACAGGCCAAAGUUCAGACACGGGGUCGCGACAAUCGGCGGGAGGCUGUUCGCGGUCGGAGGCUGCCACUUCUACGCCGAGCGCGAUGUGAUGAAAUCCACCUACAGCUAUGACCCGAAGCGAGACUCGUGGAAGAGGUGCAGUGACAUGCGGGAAUGCCGAAGUAACUUCUCACUGGUGGCGCACCGAGGUCAGCUUUGUGCAAUCGGUGGAGAUAAGCAGCUCAACACCAAUUUGAACAGCGCGGAGAUGUACGAUAUCGAGGCCGAUACCUGGAGCUUCGUCCGACCUCUGGACCACCCGCUAAGCGGCCAAGCUGCCGCAGUCCUCGACGGAAGCGUCUUUAUUUCCGGAGGUUUCGACGCCCGGUACGUUUGUCUCGCUUCCCUGUUUCUGUACGACCCCGAAACGGGAAGCGUCCGCUUGGCCGACAUGAUGGAAGACCGGGCCCAGCACUGCACGGAGGCACUGCGAGGGCGCCUUUACGUGGCCGGCGGCGUGCGCAACCUGAGGAAGUUUUACACCGACCAGCUGACCUGCGAGGUUUACGAUCCCGCCGGCGACAGUUGGACGUCUCUGGCGCCGCUGCCCGUACCUCACGUGGGCGCCGCCUCGGCCAUCUUGGAGGAGAACGUCUACAUCCUGGGAGGGUACUGUCAGGAGGACCAAAGCGAAUCCGGACUCGUUCACCGGUUGAACCGUGGCACGCAACGCUGGGAGAGAAUGGGAAAAGUGCCAGCGGGCGUGACUGACAUUGGGGCCUGUGUGCUAAAACUACCCCAGCACAUGAGACGCUAGCUCGAGGGGCUGAAAUGUCACGUCGCGUCCGUAUUGUCUGUCUCGCCGGCGCGGUGAUAAACCGGCGUGUAACGUUUGGAAGGAAAAAAAUGUCCAAAAUAAAAUGAACGGAAUCUUGUC